UUAUUGAUUUACGAAUUCCAGUAAACAGUUCCUUUCGUUUACUACGUACAGUGUAGCUUUUAAAAUACCUCUCAAAAGCAAAACCUAUAUUAUUAAACUUUUUACCCUAGCAUGGAUUCGAACACUAAGCCUCAGGAAGACUCAGACGACGAGUUUGAAGAUGCAUCUAGUCAAAUAUCCUCAGGAGAAUCCAUUGAUUUGAACGUGGCUCUUGCUGAAGUGAACGUUGCAAUUAAUCUUUUCUUUAAUAACAGAUUUGACGAAGCCAAGAAAUUAAUGCAAGAGAGAUGCGAGACAAGCAUGUAUCAUGCAUUAGGAUUGUCAACACUCUUAUUCUUAGAAGCAUCUCUGACCUUUGAACAGGCUGCCAUAGCCAAAGCAAUACUCAGCAUAAAGAAAGCAGUGCAGCUCAAUAAUAGAUAUCGUAAAAAGCAAAACCUAACGUCAUCCUUCACUAAAAUCCUUGGCUUUGGCGACAAUAAUGAUUUUACGGAUGUUGAACUCCAUGCCGAGGUUGUGUUUGCCGAACUUAAUCUAUUUAGAGCUGCCCUUACAUUUAUUCAGGAUGAAAACCUCAUAAGUUUCAUACGAGGUGCGCUAAAAGUUCGUCUAUGUUACCAAACAUACAAUAACUGCCAGAAGUUGAUUGACAGCAAGACAUUAAAUUGUAAAAAUCACGCUCAAGAUUUCAUUGGAGCUGUUUUACUGGGCUGUGGUGCAUUUAACAUCGGCUUGUCUCUCCUUCCCCCUAAAAUCCUUUCCUUACUUGAAUGGAUUGGUUUCACCUCAGAUAAGAAGAAAGGCUUACAACAACUUAAAGACGGUUUCAACAACGUCAACUUACGAAGUUCACUUAUUUCACUUUUCAUAUUGGGAUACAACCUGUUUGUUACAGUACAUGUUGGCACCCAUGAUGCAGACUUAGAAUAUGUUGGGAUAAUUUUGCCGAAAAUGUUGGAAAAGUUUCCGAACGGUGUUUUCUUCUAUUUGUACGCUGGAAGAUUGGAACAAUUGAAAGGAAACUUUGAAAAGGCGAUCGGCCGUUUAGAAAAAGCAGCCACACUACAGAACGAUUGGAAGCAAUUUUCUCAUGCUUGUUACUGGGAGUUAAUGUGGUGUCAUGCUACUCUGUUUAAAUGGCAAGAAGCUGCUGAUUAUGCUGAUAAACUAAGAAAAGAGAGCAAUUGGUCAAAAUGUACGUACACCUAUCUACAAGCUGUAUUUCUCUACAUGGUAGAUGGUAAUGGAUUAAAACACAAAGAAGAAAUUGUCGCCUUACUUAAGGAGAUGCCUUCAUUGAAGCAAAGGUUUGCUGGCAAGAGCAUUCCAAUGGAGAAGUUCUUGAUCAGGAAAGCUCGCAAAUAUUUUGAGCAACAAGAAUAUCUUCUACUGCCCGCACAUGAAAUGAUCUACGCAUGGAAUGGCCUCGUAAUGUUGAAACAAAACAAGGAAAUUCGCGACAAACAUCUUCAACUCAUUAUUCAACAACAAAAUGUAUUAGAAGAAAAAAAGGAAAAGUUUUCAUCAAAUUCCGCAGAUAAUAAUAGCAAGAAUGACAAAGGUGACGCCUUCAACUAUUAUGACGACUAUUGCCUCUUAAACUUAAUGAAGGGAGCUUGUUUAAGGUUUGAUCGACAACCAAUGCAAGCUGAACUUUGUCUGUCGGAUAUCAAGGAAAAUUACAAAGGAAUAAACAAGGACCAUUACUUAGCCCCUGCAGCGUUAGCUGACUUAGCAUGGAUGUGUAUUGAAGAAGGAAAGUUUAAUGAAGCAACUGCUCAUCUGAAAUAUAUCAGGAAAACGUACUCACACUACUCAAUGGAGUCUCGUAUUCACUUCCGCAUACACGCUGCACAAACCAAACUCAACGAGAUAUCAAAACCAAGCUUUUCAACAUGAAACAACGUGUCAUAAUAAUAAACAUUAUGACAUAAUAGUAGCACACAAUGGACAUGACAAUAAUUUUUUUAUUUUUUUUUUCUCAAAUUAAAUUAAUUUUAUUUUUCUAUCAUGAACAUUCAAGACUACCAUAAUACGUUAUGUGUAUUUUUUAAUCCAUCUCUUUCUUUAAAUGUGUUUUUUUUCUGUAGGUUUAUUAAAUAUGUAUUACCCCAAUAGUGGACUAUGCAGUAGUAACACAUUCCCAUCCAUAUAAGGUAGGGGAAGAUGGGACACUUUUCAUUCUAUUUUCUCGGUGUCCCAUUUUACCCCACCCAUAUAAUGUAGUUAUAUUAAACUAAGCACUUUAGUAUAUAACAUGUCUAACUCAUUGAUUGCAUUUUUCGCUAAAAUUAUAAUUUACGCAAAUUGCAAACAGAUAAAAAACAACGGUAAUAGUCAUUUUUACUGGAUGUUAAAUAUUGUUUUUUAAAAUAAAUAUUUUGUUAUAAAGACUUUGUUUUGUUUCAAACUAUUUUUCACCCUAACUUAAUGGGUCAUAUGUGUCACCUGUGUAAUUGAGCGUCGGUUGGGCCCUUUUGGUCGAAAUCACUAAGUUUUAAGGAGUGUUUUUAUUUUUUGUUGAUUUUUGCCAUGUUUUGUACAACAUACACCCACACUGAACAACACUGGGUGUAGGUUUCCCUUAGUUCUGUUAGAUGUCUUUGUUCAACAUGUGAUAUGCGUUUGUAACUUUUUUUUUCCAAUGUAAUUUUAAUUUUAGCUUUCCAAUGUAAUUUUAAUUUUAGUUUUCCAAUGUAAUUUUAAUUUUAGUUUUUUAAUGUAUUUUUAAGUUUAAUCACGUUUGAAGAAUUAACACUGUGUAUGUGUUUCUUGUACAUUUAUCAUUAUCUUACAAUCAAUAUAACAAGGGUGGGAACUUAAACCAUGGUUUGCAAAACACCAACGGUUUUUGGUCAUUUAAAUUGUUAUCUAACUUUUGGUGUUAAUUGUUCUAUUCUGUAUGGGUGAGGUCCUACAGCAAGCCACGCCGUUGGACCUGGUAUUUAAGCCAGAGUUGCUCUAGCUUAAACACCAAAUAAGUAAACUAUUUUAUGUCCACUUCUUAAUUCUUAAAUUGGUUAAAAAAUAAUAAUUUUAUUAAACUGGUUUACUCAUAAAUUUACGGCUUCUAUAUAGCUAUAUUGCCCACUCUAAAAUGCUCAAAAACCAUUAUAUUUAUACAUUUUUCUCUGCCCAAUUACCUACAAGUUUGUCAUUCGCUUUUCAAAUUAAAAUCUUUGGCUGUUUUUCCAAAACGUCCCCCCUAACCUAUGCAUUUGUAUGCAAAUUUGAAUCGCUAUUUACGCUAUGUAGGUUGUAGGCGAAUGUUCCUCAAACUAAAAAUUUUGGUGAUUUUUGCAAAUAUGUCGUUUUGAAUCUAACAGAGCACAGAUCGAACUAUAAUUGUUUUAUUUUGUUUUAGUAGCAUUAAGAAUAAUACAAAUAUGACUUUGUUUGUC